AAGCCCACCUGAUGAGGCAGCAACCAGCGAGAGAAAAAUGGCGGCCAUCUCCACCACCGCCUACUUCUCCUCGCAGCCGCAGCUUCCCUCCACGCCCGCACCCACGGCCACGGCCGCCGCCACCGCCAAGCCCAGCACCAUCGGCGGUAGGCCGGCAAGGCGGCAUCAGCGGAGGAGCAGCAGCAGCUUCGUGAUGCUGGAAGCAGCGGCGGCCGGCGGCGGCGGGGCGGUGGGGAGGACGAGGAGCCUGACGGAGGAGGACCUGGAGGAGCUCAAGGGCUGCCUCGACCUCGGCUUCGGGUUCGCCUACCACGAGAUCCCCGAGCUGUGCGGGACGCUCCCUGCGCUGGAGCUCUGCUACUCCAUGACGCGGAGGUUCCUCGACGAGCAGCGGGCGCCCGGGCAGGAGCCCGCGCCGCCGGCGACGCCGCCGCUCCCCAACUGGAGAAUCUCCGGUCCUGGUGAUGACCCGGAGGAAGUGAAAGCUAGACUGAAGUACUGGGCUCAGGCAGUGGCAUGCACUGUCAAACUCUGCAGUUAGUGGUGGUUGGCUGCCUGCUGGUUCAUCCCACAAUGUCUAUCCUAUUGACGGGCAGAACUUCAGGUGGUUGAAGUUGAAGAAUUCACUUUAUAUGGUUUUGAGGUCAGGUGAGCAAAUUCACUGAGGAUCGCGCCUCGUGGUAUCGAGGCAACACGAUCGAUCAGUUCUUUUUGCAAAACAUCAAAGGGGGAGAGACUGGUACCACCACGGAACAGCGAGAGUAACUCGAGGCGAUCCGUGGUCGGAGCUUUUCUGAAGGGCAUGUGAAGCUUGUCAUUCCUCAUGGAGGGUCUCUGCACGGUGCAGGGUUUGCAAGGGCGAGACCUGCUAGUUUUUUGCUACUUGUCAUGAUCUCUAGGAGCACCAAUUGCUGUACUACUGUAUCUGGUGGGGUGGGGGGUUUGGCUGAUCCAUGGGUGGAUCAGUUCCAGACUCUCCUUGUUCUGCUAUUCCGUUAAUUUGUUUUGAUCUCCGUAGUAAACAUCGCAUGGGAUGUGAUGUGCAGAUGUGUAGAUUCUGCUAUACUGCAAGGUUGCAGAACAGCAUGCUCUGGAGGACUUGUGACUUAUCCAUGCAGCAUAACAGUAAAACUGUAGCUGCUGAUAUUCUGUUGUACUAUCAUCUAUCAUGUGAUCCUACUGGAACUGUAUCAGACUGGUAAAAAUACCUUCGUGAAUAAAGGCAACUGUUGCAUGAACUUGUAGCCUCAGCGCAUGGCUAUAUUCAGAAAAUACGCCAAACGGUGUAUUAGCAUAUUGUUAGGACUUCUAUAUUUGAGCGACA